CCGCGUCUGUGCGUGUCCGCGGGCGGCCAGGAUGGAUCACCACCAGCCCGCCAGCCGCUACCGAGUGCUUCACAAUGAGGAUGACCCCCCAGAGUCUUCAGCAGCUGAGCAGCCUUCCACGUCUACAGAGACUACGCAGACUCCCCAGACAGCAGCCUUAUCUGAAGCAGAUACUUCCCCUCCACCUUACUGUAGCAUAGCUGUAGAAGCAGCUGCAGCCUCAGAAACACACAAUGAAUUUUACCCUGUACCGCCUCCAUACAGUGUAGCUACCUCUCUUCCUACUUACGAUGAAGCAGAGAAGGCCAAAGCUGCGGCAAUGGCAGCUGCUGCAGCAGAAGUUGCCCAACGACACGCCCAGUUUAGGGAGUCUAGGAGUCUGUUUGAUGAAAUAUUCCUCAGUCGUCCAGAGGAAGAAGAGUAUCCACCACGGGAUGAUUUCAGUGAUGCAGAUCAGCUUAGAGUGGGCAAUGAUGGCAUCUUCAUGUUGGCAUUUUUCAUGGCGUUUAUUUUCAACUGGAUUGGAUUUUGUUUAUCCUUCUGUAUAACAAAUACCAUAGCUGGAAGGUAUGGUGCAAUCUGUGGAUUUGGUCUCUCCCUGAUCAAAUGGAUUCUUAUUGUACGGUUUUCAGAUUACUUUACUGGAUAUUUCAAUGGACAGUACUGGCUUUGGUGGAUAUUUCUUGUACUUGGACUCCUCCUGUUCUUUCGAGGAUUUGUUAAUUAUCUUAAAGUCAGAAAUAUGUCUGAAAGCAUGGCAGCUGCUCACAGAACAAGAUUUUUUUUCUUGUACUGAAGACUGCAUCGAACAGACAUUCCUUUCCUAUACCAGUGUGAAACUUCUAGAUGAUCUGUAACCCUCCGAAUUAAUAGGAUAGAAGACUAUUAAUACCAGAAGACAAAUUAGUGAAGAUACGGCUUCAAGAAUGAAUGACAGGAUGGUUUAUGCUCAAAUACCAGUUCUGGUCAUUCUAGUAAAUAUUUAUAAUUACUGCCUUUUGUUUUAGCACAUUUGUAUAUGUGCUUAUUAAAAAGAUAGUAUUGAAGUAAGAACACCAUCUGUUAGUAUAGAUUAGGUACAGUCAGACUUGGCUAAUCUGUGCUUGUUGUAUCUGAAAGAUUUAAGUGGUAACUUGUUUCACAGCGUGUAUGUACCACUGAGUUGUUGAUCUGAACUUUGAGUACAAUGAAAUGCAUUAAAUGAUUCAGAUUAACCAGUUCAGAUGGUUUUUUAUAUAAUUUAGAUUCAUCUAAUAAUUGUGUAGAACAUUUUUAAGUUUAUGAAACCCUGAAGUUCCUUGUUGUCACAAACUUGUAUUCGCCAAUAUUUUCUCAAAUUCAGACCAAUAUACUGGUUUGUUUAAAACUGAUACUCCACUUUGAGUUGCCUGUAAAUACCUCUGCAUAAAUGACUGUUUGAAUUGCUUCUUAGGAAAUAUGCCAAAAUAUAUUUUGUAACAGCAUAUUCUCUAAAUUUUGUUUAAUCUUAGAGCUACAUACAUAUUUUUUGUUAAUUGGCUAUUAAGGGUGUAGUUCCUAUUAGAUGUAAUUUUGGAGGUAAAGGCAUUGAAUUGUUUGUCUCAUCCUAACUUUCCUCACAUGAAUUAUUAUUAACUGGUUUGGGCUUGAGCCUGAAAGUCAUUGUUCAUAUGCAUGAUCCCACUGAAAGAUAGAGUUUGUUCAUGUUAGCAGGGAUGGACAGCCUUACAUCUUUAGUCCUUGGUUAUGCAGUUGGAUCCUCAUAGGCACACCUUUGUUCCUGAAACAGAGUAUUGCAAAUGUAUUCCCUGGGUUAUAAAACAGAGCCAGUGUUAGGAAGUCUUGAGUUCAGUAUAAAUACAACAUCCACCCUGAGGGCUUCUCAAAAAAAAUUCAUAUAGCUAUCUUACAACGCUUGUGUAGAAUAAAUACUUUGGCAUUUCCUAAGAAUAAACUAAUUUAAAUGUAAGGUAAUUUUGGAAAUAAUCUAUGAAGAAAUAAAAAAAAAAAAAUCUUACUUUUAAAGCUCUGAAAGUAGAAAAAGUGUGUUGCAUCUCUCCCAGCAUUCAUUUAAGGUAUACCAUUACUUUCUUAUAAAUAUCAUCUCUUUAAGGGGUACUGUCUACUGUUCAUGCAUGUGUGGUUUCCUUUAACAUUUGUGAAAUUUAUGCUUCUCCUUAAGUAGGAGAAUACAUCUCUCAGUCCUUUGUACAACUGGAAUCUCAGUUGCAAAAAUACAUUGGUCAUUGGUUGCACCUUUGAGGGGAAAAAAAAUAAAAGUACUUUCCUCCAGUUUUUCUUUUUAUAUUAGAAUUCUGCCUUUUUAUUACUAACAUUAAAAACAGUGAGGUUUGUGUUGGUUUAAGCUAGUGCUGUAUUCAGUUUUGUAUCUAUAAUGAGUGUUUAAAAUAUACAUAUGUAAACUGGUCACAUUAUUAAUUUUCUUAAUCUUUCAGAGAUACUGAAAGUGACUAAAACUUCAGGGGCACCUCCACUUCCCCGCUUUUUAUGGAAAGAAUAAAAUUAAGUAUUAUGUUCGAUAUGCAAAUGGGAUUUCCUUCUGUUUGUUUCUGUGUUCUUUUGCAUUCGUUGUCCAGAUGAAAAAGAAGCAGAUAAUAAAACAUUGCUUUGUUUUGCUA